ACAGCUGACUGUCAGGAGCAUGACCGUCGCACUGUUAAUGUCCCAGCCUCAUUUCGCCGUCCAGUAGCUGGAUCACACCUGGCAGACGCUAGAAUGGUCCUGUCCCCCACGCUAGCGCUGCUGGUCGUCUCCUGCGCUUUGCCUGGGAUGGUCCUGGGGGAUCUAGCUUUCAGAUGCCCGGGCUGCACAGCGGAGCUUUUGGCCGACUGCCCCAAAGUGGCGGCAGCAUGCACAGAGAUCGUCCGUGAGCCGGGCUGCGGCUGCUGUGCGGUGUGCGCCAGGCUGGAGGGGGAGCAUUGUGGGGUCUACACACCCAGGUGCUCCACCGGCCUGAGGUGCUACCCGAGCUCCAACGACGAGCUGCCUCUACAGCAGCUCAUACAGGGGUUAGGCAGAUGUGAACAGAAGGUGGAGCUGGACGUCAUGGGUCUGGAAAACCAGGCAACAAACGAGGCGCAUGGAACUGAGAACCCACUGACGAGGAGACCUGCCAUUGACCCUCGGAUAUGGCAGGAGUCUGCCAAGAGGCAACACCAGAAUGAGCGCAAGACCAAGAUGAAGACAAAAGAGAAGUUGUAUCAGAGUGCCUGUCAGCAGGAGUUGGACAAAGUCCUAGAUGAGAUCUCCAAAAUGACGUCUGAUGAUAACAGAGGCCCAUUAGAGGACCUGUAUGGGCUCAAAUUCCCAAACUGUGACAGACACGGAUUGUACAACCUCAAGCAGUGCAACAUGUCCAACCAUGGCCAGCGUGGCGAGUGCUGGUGCGUUAACCCCUUAACCGGUGUCCAGAUACCAACAACGCCCAAAGUCAGAGGGGAUCCCAACUGUAACCAGUUCCUGGAGGAGUUCAUAGAGAUGCCGACUCCAGAAACAUUCCCCUACCAGCCUGCGCCGUGACACUGCCGGGUUGGAAGUAGUUGCAAACGUAACUUUGCAGUUUACAAAUACACAAUAUCGGGAUGUACACCCCCCCCCCCACCAAACACACACACACAAACACACAUCUAGAGCCAUGUUCCAUUAGUAUGAUGCAUAAGAUACAUGAUAGAGGCAUUAGCAUAUUUCUUUGCCCACUGCCUGGGAGACACUGGUCUGUUCUAGCUGUUUUGUUGAUUCCUGUAUUCACGUUUAUCUAAACCAACUCACUGGCGCAGUUUAAGUUUACUGAUGACUAUGAAGUAGCGGAGGUGCUACUCUAUGUUGGAACCUUUCAGUAUUUGAGUGUUUGUCAAUGACUUACACUUUUCCUACAGGCAGACAAGCUUCUGUUUCCCCAAUGAGCUGAUGUCUUAUGUUAAAGAUAAAACACUCACAUUCAUUGAUUAUCAUGUAUCUUGUAAUUUGUGCAUUAAGUUUCCCACCUGCAUUUUAGCAGUAAAUUCAUCAAAUGUU